GGCGGGAGUAUAGUAUCAGUGUACUCUCCACUAUCCAUGUCAGUACCUUAGUGGCUUCAAACUUUGGGACCUUACGCUUCUCUUCCUCCUCUCGCCACCAUGUCCGUGGAGACCAUGUGCUCCGUUCUCAAGAAAUACUUUGGGUUUUCGGAUUUUCGGCCUUAUCAGAGAGAAGUUAUUGAGAAAAUUAUUGAGAAAAGGGAUUGUUUGGUAGUCAUGGCUACUGGUAGUGGCAAGUCCUUGUGUUAUCAGGUACCUCCUUUGGUUGCUAAAAAGACUGGGAUAGUUGUGAGCCCUCUGAUAUCUUUGAUGCAAGACCAGGUGAUGGCUUUGAAACAACGGGGCAUCAAAGCUGAAUAUCUUGGAAGUACUCAGAAGGAUUUCACUGUGCACUCUAAAGCUGAGCACGGUCAAUUUGACAUUCUGUUCAUGACUCCUGAGAAGGCAUGCACAGUUCCUAGCAGUUUCUGGUCCAACUUACUAAAGGCUGGAAUUAGUCUUUUUGCUGUUGAUGAAGCCCAUUGCAUAUCGGAAUGGGGACAUGAUUUUAGGGUUGAAUACAAGCAUUUAGACAAGCUACGUGAGGUUUUGCUAGAUGUUCCUUUUGUUGGUCUAACUGCAACUGCUACUGAAAAGGUUCGAUAUGACAUCAUCAGUUCCCUGAAGCUGAAUAAUCCUUAUGUUACAAUUGGUUCAUUUGAUCGCACAAAUCUUUUCUAUGGUGUCAAACUAUUGAACCGAGGACAAUCUUUCAUUGAUGAGCUUGUGCGAGAAAUUUCAAAAGAAGUCACUAAUGGUGGUUCAACUAUAAUUUAUUGCACAACAAUCAAAGAUGUAGAGCAGAUAUUCAAGUCAUUUGCAGAAGCGGGCAUUGAGGCAGGGAUGUACCAUGGCCAAAUGAAUGGAAAAGCUCGAGAGGAGUCUCAUAGAUUAUUUGUUAGAGAUGAACUGCAAGUCAUGGUGGCCACCAUCGCCUUUGGCAUGGGCAUAGAUAAACCUAACAUUAGACAAGUGAUUCACUAUGGUUGCCCUAAGAGUCUAGAGUCCUACUACCAGGAAAGUGGACGAUGUGGUAGAGAUGGUAUAGCUUCUGUUUGUUGGCUAUACUACACAAGAAGUGACUUUGCCAAGGGUGACUUUUAUUGUGGAGAUGUGAAAUCAGAAAAACAAAGAAAAGCUAUUAUGGAGUCAUUGCUUGCUGCUGAACGCUAUUGUGUGCUGACAACUUGCAGAAGAAAGUUCUUGCUUGAAUACUUUGGGGAAAAAUUCCCAGCUGAUAGAUGCGGGAACUGUGAUAAUUGCAAAAUCUCAAGGAAGGAGCGUGACAUGUCAAGGGAAGCAUUCCUUCUAAUGGCUUGCAUUCAUUCAUGCAGGGGCAUAUGGGGCCUUAAUAUGCCCAUUGAUGUCCUGCGCGGGUCUCGAGCCAAGAAAAUUCUUGAUGUUCAGUUUGACAAGCUUCCACUUCAUGGACUGGGGAAAAAUUAUCCAGCAAAUUGGUGGAAAGCACUUGGACAUCAAUUGAUUUCUCAAGGUUAUUUGAAGGAGAUUGUUAGUGACAGAUACAGAACUAUUAGUGUCAGUUCAAAAGGAGAGCAAUUUUUGGCGUCUUCUAGACCAGAUUAUCAACCUCCCUUGGUUUUGACAUUGACUGCUGAAAUGCUUGGAGAAGAAGAUAAUGGAAACACACAAGAAGCAUUCAAAACUUUAUCCACUUCAGAAUCAGAAGGUUUUUCAGAGGCUGAGGGACAGCUCUACCAAAUGCUUUUGGAAGAAAGAUUAAAGCUUGCAAGAAGUGUUGGAACAGCUCCAUAUGCUAUAUGUGGUGAUCAAACGAUCAAGAAAAUUGCAUUGACAAGACCAUCUACAAAAGCAAGACUAGCAAAUAUUGAUGGUGUGAAUCAGCACCUAGUAACAGAAUAUGGAGAUGAUUUUCUUCAAGUUAUUCAGAAACUGUCACAAGUAUUAAACCUAUCAUUGGAUGGGGAAGCAAGAGUCGCAACAGCAAGUUUGCAAACUAAUGAAGUAAGGAAAGUAUCUCUAGUAACCAACAAAUCCAACAAGUUGACACCGGCAAAGUUUGAAGCUUGGAAAAAGUGGCAUGAAGAUGGUUGUUCUAUUCAUGAGAUUGCUAACUUUCCAGGUAGAUCGGCUCCUAUAAAAGAACAAAGUGUUGCUGAAUAUCUGCUGGAAGCUGCUCAAGAAGGAUUACCUUUUGAUUGGGCUAGAUUUAGCGAGAUGAUAGGACUGACACAAGGGAUCAUAUCAGAAAUUCAGGGUGCUAUUUCAAAAGUUGGAUCUACAGAUAAGCUGAAACCUAUAAAAAAUGAAUUGCCAGAAGAGAUAAGUUAUCAGCACAUCAAGACUUAUUUGACAAUGCGAAACUGUGGAAUAUCCUUAGAAGCAAUUCAAUCUGGAAGUAACCAGACUGGGAAAGAUGACGAACCUGCACACAAUGCUUCAAAUUUGUCAGAUCCUACUUUAGAAACAUGCCACGUGGAAAGAUACUGUGAAGACGGCAUCUCUGCCAAAAGUUCUCUGGAAAAAUGGGACCUAGAAAUUGAUGAGGUGCCUAUUCUACCUGUCAAUGGUUCGGAGGUACAGAAGCUUCCAUUAGUCUGUGAGGGGGAAUUCACAAACAAACGACAAAAAGUCAGUGAAACAAAGGAAGUAAAUUCAACUAAAUUGAAGGCUACAGAGAGUUCUGUUGUAGAGUGGUUGAAGAACCUUGAUGAAGGGGCUACAUUGAGCGAUGUUUUGGAACACUUCAAUGGAUCCAGUAAAGAUUCCGUGGUUGAACUGCUAAAUUGCCUUCAGUCUGACUUUUCAAUAUAUAGUAAAGGUGGCACGUAUAAGAUUCUGUAAAAAAGUUGAUGCAUCAGGAUUUUUUAUGGAUUAGGCUUGUAAAAAGCAGUUUGUUUCCAUGGCUUUUUAUUUUGAAAAUUUGUACACAAGUCAUUGCGAAACAGGGUAAAUACUUUUUUGCUUAAUUACGUGUUUCGUUUUUAUAUUUUAUCCUAUAUGUAACUUUGAUCCCCUCUUGUUUUAA